UUCUACCCCUGUGCAAUGCAGCCUCCUCCAGCCCUAGCCUGGCCCCUUCUCUCUGUUGAUUGCCUCAGGGAAAGACAAACGGCCUGGAUAGACCACGACUUUGCUCCUGCUCCUCCAGAGAUGCAGUCGCACGGAGCUCCAGGCCCGAGAACCUCUUUCUCCCGUAGCCAUGUGCUGGGGCGCCCUACCUGCCCCUCAAAACUCCCUGGAGGGGGAGCCCAGCUCACCCCUGUCCUCAGAAAGACCAUCCAUCUGGACACCUUCCCCCAAAGCCAUAUCCCACACACCUCCAACCGGCCGGGCCUUGGAGCCAGGACCCAGAGUAUGCCCUCACAGGAGAUGGUCACUGCUCUGGGGGCUUCCUCGAGCCCCCUGCCCACCAGCAGCCUUGUACCCAGGAAGCUCAGCUCCAUCUCCUUGACGCUCCGUCAAAAUAGCCAGGCACAGUCCCUGGAUCACCCACUUUCUCACUGGGAAGGGUCGCCUACCCUGGGAACUCCCCAUGAAGGAGGUAGGCUGUCCUUGCCAGGCUCGCCACCUGUGACCCUAGUGCCAGGGGGCAGGGCCCACUCCAAGGGCCCUGAGAACCCAGGUCUGACCAAAUCCAGCAGGAUACCUGCCGCGGGGAAGCCCCUGGUGAGUUCCUACCUGGCCUUACCUUUCCAAUCCCGGUUAGCCCAGAGCACACCAGUCCUGGCAGAGCCAGGCUCCAUGGGCCAGGGGCACCUUGCCUCAGCGACUGCCCACACGCCUACCAGAGCUUCUCCAGGAAAAGGCAAGCUCCGGGCCAGGGGGAUCCCCAGACCCCGGGGGCGUCUCCAAAGGGCCACUGAGGCUGUGAAUUUGACUGCUGUGGACACAAGGACAGACGCAGCCAGACAUUUAGCCACAGUGGCCACCAACAGACCUAGCUUAGCCACACCAAACACAUCCAGACUGGACACAGGCACAGAGUUCCCUGCUCUGGAUAUCAAGCUGGGCGCAGCCAGAGACUUGCCUUCGGGAGGGAUAGUCAAGUCAGGCAAAGACAUGAACUUGGCUACAGCAGGCACAAUCAAGCCGGGCACGGCCAUGAAUCUGACUACAGUAUGGACAACCAAGCCAGGCAUGGUCAUGGAUUUGACAGCCUCGGACCCAGACAAGCUGGGCAAAGCCAUGGCUACAAGAAGCACAGCCAAGCCAGAUAUGAACACAGAGGGCACAGCCAUGGAUUCGGCAACAUCAGACCCACUCAAGCUGGACAAAAUCACCACGACAGUGGGCACCACUAGGUUGGAAACAGCCAUGGCUUUGGCCAGAGCAAACAGAACCAAGCUGGGCUUGGCUAUGAAUUCUCUUGCUUUGGACACAAGCAGGAUGGGCAUGGCUGUGGGUUCGGUUGGGCCAGUAAACCUAGACCCAGCCACUGGGAAGAACACACUGGGCAGUGUUAAUAACCUGACCAUAUCAGACGUUGCUACACGCCUGGUGAUGCCAAGUAGAUGCAAAGGCCCAGCCCUGGACCACACUAAUGCUUCCACGGAUGGAGCGACAGAACCUGCCACACUGGACCUGGCCACAGAAUCCAAAGGCCAGAGUGGACUGGGCAAAUCAACACUGGUCAACACGCUCUUCAAAUCCCAAGUGAGCCGCAAGGCCUCCAGCUGGAACCGGGAGGAGAAGAUCCCCAAGACGGUGGAGAUCAAAGCUAUCGGGCAUGUGAUAGAGGAAGGUGGUGUCAAAAUGAAGCUGACCGUCAUCGAUACCCCGGGCUUUGGAGACCAAAUCAACAAUGAAAACUGCUGGGAGCCCAUUGAGAAGUACAUCAAUGAGCAAUACGAGAAGUUCCUGAAGGAGGAGGUGAAUAUCGCCAGGAAGAAACGCAUCCCUGACACUCGCGUCCACUGCUGCCUUUACUUCAUCUCCCCCACAGGACACUCCUUGCGACCUCUGGAUCUUGAGUUCAUGAAACACCUCAGCAAGGUUGUGAACAUCAUCCCUGUCAUCGCUAAGGCUGACACCAUGACCCUGGAGGAGAAGUGUGAAUUCAAGCAAAGGGUUCGCAAGGAGCUUGAAGUAAAUGGCAUUGAAUUCUACCCACAGAAGGAAUUUGAUGAGGAUUUGGAGGAUAAGACAGAGAAUGACAAAAUCAGGCAGGAGAGCAUGCCGUUUGCUGUGGUGGGAAGUGACAAGGAGUACCAAGUGAAUGGCAAGAGGGUCCUUGGCCGAAAAACUCCAUGGGGGAUCAUCGAAGUGGAAAACCUCAACCACUGUGAGUUUGCCCUGCUUCGAGACUUUGUCAUCAGGACCCACCUCCAGGACCUCAAGGAAGUGACACACAACAUCCACUAUGAGACUUACAGGGCCAAGCGGCUCAAUGACAAUGGAGGCCUCCCUCCGGUGAGCGUGGACACAGAGGGAAGCCACGACAGUAACCCAUGAUGACCCCUUCUCUGUGUCAUCAUACAUACCCACUUCACACACACACAUCCCAAAUACCACCACCAACCACCUUCUUCCUCUCAACUCUGUCCCACAGGCCUCUCUGGUAUUUGUGGAGCAUCUUGUCUAUGUUGUGUGUAUGUGUAUGUGUGUGUGUGUGAGUGUGAGUGAGGGAGAGUAAGAGCCUGUGUGUGUGCAUGCAGGGGUGAGGUAUUUUCACUGCCCUCCCUGGAGAGUCCCUUGCAAGUUUGGUUCCUCCAUGCCUGUCCAUUAUCUGUCUCCUUUCCUUGUGUCCCAAAACAAAGCCCUCUGCCUCACUCAGGAGAUCUGGGGGAGGUUUCAUUUAAAAGUAUUGGGAGCAGGUGAGCCACAGGCAACUCUUCUCUUGGAACCUGCACACAAACUGGGACUAUAGAGAUUCUCCAAGAUAGGUGGCAGCGGAGCUAGACCUGGGUAGGGGGCAGGGAGUUCAGGACAACCCUCUCUGUAAAUUGGGGGUGGUCUGGGGUUAGGAUGGAGCUUCCUGGGAAAAGGAAGGCCAUGAGAGGGCAGAGAAGUAGGCCAGAGCUGGGUUCUUACAGAAAGAAUCAGUGCCUAAGAGUGGAGCUCCACCCUCAGUCUGUGUUGUGUUCACUGUCCCAAAGCCACCACCUGUCACCAGAGCCUACUGCUGCUGUCCACUCACAUGGCCUCUGCUCCCAGGCCAGUGCCUGUCUCUGCUUCCUGCUUUGUCUUCUUUCUCCCUUCCCCUCCUUUCCUCAUACAUUCCUUUCUUUCCCUCUCUCCUGCCUGUCUCUGACAUCUUUCACUUCCUUUUAGAUGAAUCUACUUUAGGUUCAUUCCUAUAUUUAGAAUUUAUGCCCAGUCUGCUUCCAGAAAUGACUUUAGUCUGCUUUCAAAUAAAAUCACAAAAGUACAGGACAGGCUGGGUGCGGUGGCUCUCGCCUGUAAUCCCAGCACUUUCGGAGACAGAGGCGGGUGGAUCACGAGAUCAGGAGUUCGAGACCAACCUCACCAACAUGGUGAAACCCCGUCUCUACUAAAAAUACAAAAAUUAGCUAGGCAUGGUUGUGGGCACCUGUAAUCCCAGCUACUCGGGAGGCUGAAGCAGAGAAUUGCUUGAAUCCAGGACGCAGAGGUUGCAGUGAGUCUAGGUGGCGCCACUGCACUCCAGCCUGGGCAACAGAGCGAGACUGUCUCAAAAAAAAAAAAGUACAGGACAGUAUAAACUGAGAUUGCCAGAGAAACUGAGCCAAAGAUAGGGAGCGGAAAGAAAGUUUCUGUAGUCAAACACCUGAACAAGCCCUGAGCUCACAGGCAGCCAACGUGAAGAGGGAAACACAGUGAGUGAUGGAGUUCCCAGUGUCUGGUUAAAGGAAGCACGCAUGCUGGUCAGGCGAGACAACUUUUUGUGGGGACGUUAAGUUCUAUAACUAAUUCUAAAGAAGUAUCAGAAACAAUAUACAUUACUUGUCUUAGUGAUUUGGCUUCAGAGACAGAUUUUUGACCACACCUCCCUUUUCUCCAUCGACUUCUCUCCCUUUUAAGCAGGCUUCUCUGUUGUUCCAUUUGCCUCAAACAUGACCUCUUUCUUUUUUAUUCCCUGUCACUUUCGUGCUGAAGCUAAUUACAUGUAUGUCUUUCUCUGCUUUUUCCUAAUUCCCUCUCCUCCUGACUCCUGCAGACAGUCCCAGUGAUACCCAUUUUCAUACACUUAGGCUUCUCUUGUCUCUCCCCGAAGCCCUGUAUUUAUCAAUGCAUAUAUUUCCCCUGUUUGUUGUACAAGUAAGUUACUCUUUUCCUUUAAUCUGUAAGAUUGAUGAAAUUUGGGGCCGGGGAAACAAUUUAGCCUUAGGAAAGGGAAAACACCAAGUGAAACUGUUUACAAUAGCCUCAUACAACCUCCUGUUCCAUCUCCUGGUUCAGCUGAGGUUUUUCACUGGUCCUCUAUGAAUCCCAGCACUUACAAUCCCAGUCUUUUAUCACUAAGGUGCUAGGAAAAAAACACAGACUUAAGACCCAAGAUUCAAUGGACCAGGGGAAAGGGGGGUGGUGUGACCUCAAACCUAUGGUCUUGGUCCUUCCUGGAGGCUUAUUUGCCAACCCAGCCCUCAUCCUCCCCUGCUCACAAAGUUACAGGAUAGGCUCCUGUCAGGAUAGAACAACAGUGCUACAGCCCAGAGGUUACUACAUUUCAACAGAACAGGGAUCCUUGGCUGCCAGAGAAGCAGUCCUAUAUGGAGACCUUGGACCAGCAGGGGAAGAUCUAGGGGUAUGGGAGGUGGGUGUUGGAGAGGCUGAAUAGGAAUGGUGCCUGGCACCCCAAACCAUGAUCUCAGCCUCCAUGGAGAAGGUCUUUUAUAUGUUUGCUGCCAGCUGCUGGUCUCCACACCCUCAACCGUUCUCAACCCCCCCUGCAGGGAGAAGGCCUCCUGGGCACUGUCCUUCCACCUGUGCCAGCCACCCCCUGCCCCACUGCUGAAUGAAGGCCAUUUCAAGCGCUGCUUCUCCCUCCAUUCCUCUCAGCUGUUAUUGCUGCAGGGCCAAGCCCUUUUUAGUGCUGUGCUUGUCCAGCUCACCACCACAGUCCUUCUCAGCCCUCAGUAGGUGGGAGGGGCCAGCUGCCUCUAGGACAGUUGCUUCUUCCACUUAUCCAAACCACUCCUCUCCUCCCAGUGGAGUGGGAUUCUGCCAGCACUGCCCUACCGCAUCGUCUGUGUCAGCCGGUCCCAGGCCACCUGCAGGGCAAAAGAACUCAUCAAGAGCUCCUUCUGCCCUUGCAGGCCCACCCCAGCUACUUGUAACCAUCUCCAAGGGCAAUGGCAUUGCUCCCUACUCAUUCAUCUGCAUGAGCUAUUCUUGGCUUCCUUAAAGGGUCAAGAAAGCAAUUUUUCUGCUUGCCAGAUUCAUUGAGAUCAGCUGUGUGAGCCCCAAUGUGGGACGAGGGUGUCUCCUUCAUUGCUUAAAAGAAUUCAUGAGGGUGGGUCACUAUAGAUGUUGGGGAGCAAGGGCUAGGAUCACUUUUUUAAAAAUCACCACUUGUGGCUGGCCCAGAGUGCAGCUGUACAUCCUCCCCACCUCAUAACGUAGCCACUGAGAAAGAGUGGUUUUCCUAAGAAGACAUUGCUGGAGUUGACUUUCCUAUGUCCAAACAAACAAAAACCAAACACACACACAAACCCGCAGAAAACCACAAUAUGUACACUCUAAGGAAAAACUAGCACCCUUCUGUCCAUUCAGCAAUAAGAGGGAUCUCUUCCCACCUACCCUACCUGCUCCUACACCCAACCCCUUCCCCAUUAAUGUGAGUAAUGAAUUAGCCUGGCCACAGGUGGUCACUAUAGGCUAAUGGAAAAUACCCAAGGGAGGGCAAAGCCCCCCAUCAGAUGCAUGAAUGUUUGCGAAUGUCGACUGCCACUGCCCCACACACUGUGUCUUUAUAGAAGUCCCCUUUGCCCACCCCCUCCCUGUCUCCACCUGGACACAACUUGCUCAAAGGCUGGUGACUUGUGGGCCAUUCAGCUACAACCAAGUCCUGAUGGAGCAAGAGGCCCACGCCUAGGGGAUGCAAGAACGACCCAUUUCUUAAAUGUUACCAGUCCCAGCCAAUCUUACGGUGACAUUACAGUUAAAUUUCCCAAAUGAAAAUAAGCAAACAGACACUCAAACUGGUCCUGUAAAUGUUGCUAGACUUUAUGUGUUGUACAACUAAACACUGCUGUUUGAACAGUAA